AUGACAACAGAAAUCUUCAAGCGAUUGCAAUCCUAUAAUUUCCAAGAUGACGCCGAAUUCGCAACCGGCCUCGCCAUAAUCCUAGGUCAUCCCGAAACACCCGCCAGCGAGGCGGAGAUGAAUAGGGAAGAUGAUCUUGUCUUGCAGGCUAAAUGCUUUUUCUUCUCACGGAAGGAAAAUAUUUCGCCGCCGAUUAACUUUGCGGCUUAUAAAGCUUGGUUAGCUUCACCGACUGCGAGUGCGACAGCGACACAGCAGGAAUCAGGAUCGGACUUAAAUACAGGGCUGUCACAACCACAAUCAUCAGCCGAGUCAGGUACCGCUUCCUCGGAGCCCGCAUAUCCGACUUCUUUCGCGCAUAUUGUGGAAUUGAUCACGACCGGGCAGCCGAUUCCGGGAAUAGAAGAAAUUCCAGAUACUGUUUUAGAGGGCCAUGAUCUUGCCACCGAGAAGCCUCGGCGGCGAAAGCCCUGGGAAAAGGACGAUGUGACCGCGGCCCCUGCCUCGGCCCCGACGGAUGAAACUACAACUACAACUGGUGCUGUUUGA